AUGGUCUCUGAUAAUGCUACAAUCUUCACCAGCGAAGAAUUUCAACAAUUUUGCAAGAAAUCAGGCAUCUUCUGUAAAUUUAUCGCUCCAGGACACCCUGCUACAAACGGAUUAGCAGAGAGAAACGUGCAAAUACUCAAGAAACGAUUAGCGGCAAUGAUCAACGAACCAGGAUCAAUCCGCAUGAAAGUGCAAGAAAUUCUUUUCAGGUACAGGGAAAAUGAGAAUCCGUCGCGUUCUUUUCAAGAGGGGGAAAGAGUGCAAGUACGACUUUUCAUAGCAAACAAGAAUGUAUGGCAAUUUGGGGAAGUCAAAAAGAAAUUAGGGAAAUACCAUUACCAGAUUAUGCUAGAUUCGGGAAGAAUGAUAAAAAGACACGUCAACCAGUUGAAAUCAACACUUGUGCAGAAGCCAGAUAAGAGGGUGAGAUUUGGUCCGACAGAAUCUUUCGACAUCCCAAGAAUUCCAAAAGCGGCCGUGCGAUGUCAACCUGACCCACAACCUUGUAAUCUUCAAGAACAUCCGCCAAAUAAUCCCGAAUUGAAUGAUCAGCCAGCAGAUCCAGAACGAACUAGACAAGAACUUCAACCCGACUAUGACCAAGCACAGCAAAGGAGACCUCAGAGGUUAAGACGCAAACCCAAUUGGACUUGUGAUUACGACAUGGAAUGUUUCAAUUAG